ACUACGUGGAUAUUCAGGUUCCAAGAGAGUGUACAACCUGUCAAAAAAAUGACAACAACAAAUUAUUUAGAUUUAGACAUAAAUAAAUUAUUUGAAGAGCACAGUAUUAAAGAAAUCGAAGAGAUUCAGAAAAAAAUUCAAUUGGAAAGUGACAGGAAAAAAAUAGAAUUACGGACAUUAGUUGGAGAAAGGUAUCGCGAUUUAAUAUUGGCUGCUGACACAAUUGCAAAAAUGAAAAUAACAUCAGAGCAAGUCAUCACAAGGAUCGCUAAUAUAGAAGAAAAAUUUAAAGAAUUGCAAAAGAAAUAUCUUAUUGGUUUCAAGACAGACCUGAUCGAAGAUAAGCUAGAUAGGAGAGGGCAAGUUUUGGAUUCUAUCAUCAUCCAAAUUAAAAUUUUAAUGGACAUUCCACAAUAUAUAUGGAGAAAUAUCGAGAAUCAGAAUUUGUUAUUUGCCACACAGUUAUUCAUAAUAGCGCAACAUAUAAAUUACAGUUUAAUGUUUGAAGUAGGCAGCACAGAGCUGUCGAAUAAAUACCCAAUAGUUUUAAAACAAUGGGAUGUUAUUAUGCAAUUUAAGACUAUUAUAUCUAAUGAAUGCAACAAGAUAUUACAAUCAUUAGAUGUUUCAACCAUAAAUGCUGCUAACUGCUUGGCGUCUCUGGUAUUUUUAAAUGAAUCUUCGUUUGUGGAUCUUUUAGAAAAAUUAAUAUCCACAAGGAGAUAUGCCAUUCAAUCUGUUAUUAAAGAAGAAAGUCACGAUAGCGUUAAAAGUAAACUGAAGUUAUGUAUGAAAAUACUUAUACAAACUAUCCACUUGAUACAUUCAUGUUUCAUAAAUGCAGAUAAUGCACCAGGAGGAUUAGUCUUGCAAUUUAUAACAGAAAUAAAAGAUCAAAAGGCGCACUGCUUGCUGUCACGGCUUGAUGUAAAUCAGGAUUUACUAGAAGAGUUUCUGCCAUCUGUUACUAAAAAUCAUAAGCCAUUUGUUCAAGAUAUACCAAAAAACUUUUCUUUACCAGUCCUCCAAGAAAGUGUUAAAUCUUGGCUGGAAUGGGUUAAUAAUUUUUCUAAUGUCAAGGUCACUAAAUUAUUAGAUCUAAUAAUCUCUAUUAAAGGCCUGUAUAGUGUGCGGGAAGAAGCUAUGAAUGUAGAUCUACCUGAGAAUUGGAAUUCUAUAUGGGAAGAGCUUUCGUUACCGAGAAUAACUUUUUGGAUGGAAUUCUUCCAGCCUAUUAUAACUAAACGAGCCAAAUGUAUUAUAACGGAUAAGUGGACAGAUACAUUAGCCGAUUUAAAAUCCAAUACAAUAGAAUUACUCGACAAAGUAGCACACGACAAAUUCGAAUUUCCAGAACACGAUUUACGAUGGUUUGUGUGGAAAGACUCCCCCACUGAUAUACCACAAAAGCUUUCGAAGAACGGUGGCUUGGAUAAUAAGAGAUCCUUGCUAAUGAAAGCUAAGGGCUAUUCUCCGAACGUGAUCAAAUUGUGCGAGAGGUUUGACGGAAAUCUAUACACGCUGCUGUCCGAUCUCGAGCAUUAUUUAUACGAAAGUGAACGAGUAAUAACAGUGAAGGAUAGCUUGCUUUCGGCAAACAUAUCUUUAAUCGCAAAUUCGUUCUCCGAUCGUAAUGAUGUCCAAGAACAUCUGCAAGUGAUCAGUACUGAAAAGAUUGAAGAUUUUGUACAGUUUAUUAAAAACACCUGUGUUAACGACAAACCCGAGCAUGGCCAACGCGAUAUAAAUGCUAUAGUACUAGCAAGAUUUCUCUUUGCGUUAACCACUUUGUGUCCGAAUUUAAACAAAUGUUUUACGUUAUCAAAAGUAUCUGGACUGACCAUUACAAACGUUAAAUGGCAAACUGUGUGCGAUAAUCUGAAAGAGGAAAGUACUGGCGUGUGGUCUAUUUGGGCUGACGUAUAUAAAACUAAAAUAUCCGAACAUAUGAAAAAAUUUAUAUUAAGGGAAUCAAUUGAUGGAUUGCGCGUUCACUGGAUUGUUUCGGAGUGGGAAAAAGUUAUCAUCGAAGAAGAAUCCGGAGAGGGGAAGCGGAUAAAGUCCGAAAUUUUAGUACCGUAUCAACCAUCGAUACCCUUGCAAAAAUUUUUAACAGCUGUUUGCAAAGAUCUAAAUAAAAUUAUACCUCAUACGCUUCCGAAGAGGGUGCUGCAGCAAAUUAUCGAAAGCAUUAUUACAGAACUGUUUAAUUAUUAUCUCAACGCGUUCAAGAAUGUAGAUGUCAGACAGAAGCAAGCGUUUCAAAUACUGUACGAUGUAAGAUAUUGCACAUUGCUCAUGGUGCCUCGUGAAAACAAAAUUCUCAAUGGAUUGUCAGCUAAAACUUGCGAUGCAGUGCUUGCGAAGAUAGAUCCGUUCGACUAUGAUGUCUUUAAUCCAUUUAUUCAUACUAACGUUAAGAAAUCCGUUCAAAGAUCUUUGUUAAUAUUUGGAAACUUAGUAUCUCAUUUAGAACAAUUGCACUCAAUCUUGGGUGCGCGCAAUGAACAUGUAAACAGCGAUAGUGGAAAACCCGAACCGCCUGCGGUACUUGCAAUCUGUACGGGAGCACCGUGGUUCCCGCCGCUAACUGUGACUGCUCCUACGAGAAAUUUACCAAUCAUGUCAGUGCCGAUACCCGAUAAACAGCGCAAGAAAGUAACAACAAAAGAAAAUACAAAAAAUGAUUCUGCCAGUGCAACAAUAAAAUCCGGAGCAGCUGCUUUUUUCGGUGCUAUGGGAUCGGAUUGGUUCAGCAGUGGCAGUUAACUAAUUUGUUAAUUACUUUUAUAUAAAGAUUGUAAAUAUCAUUAUAUAUAAUAUAAUCUGUAAAUAAUACGUCAAUAGAAGAUAUCUUUUUACC